CAAUUUCUUUUUCUGGGAUUGUCAGAGGUUCCAGAACAGCAGGCUCUCAUAUAUGGACUCCUCCUGGCCACGUACAUGCUCACCCUGCUCGGGAAUCUGCUCAUCAUCCUGGCCACGAUCUUAGCCUCCCACCUGCACACACCCAUGUACUUCUUCCUCUCCAACCUGUCCUUCGUGGACCUCUGCUUCACCUCCACCACCAUCACCAAGAUGUUGCACAACAUCCAGACCCACAGCCAGGCCAUAUCUUAUGAAGGUUGCAUCGCUCAGAUUUACACUUUUGCAUUAUUACUGUCCCCAACACUGGAAAAUUUUCUCCUGACUGUGAUGGCCUAUGACGGCUUUGUGGCCAUCUGCCACCCCCUGCAUUACACGGUUAUCAUGAGGCCCCAGCUCUAUGCAUUGCUGGUGCUGGGGUCCUGGAUCAUAUGUGCCAUGAAUGCCUUGUUACAUAGCUUAAUGGUACUGAGGCUCUCCUUCUGCACAAACCUGAAAGUCCCACACUUUUUCUGCGAACUGAAUCAGGUGGUCCACCUUGCCUGUUCUGACAAUUUUCUUAAUAAUAUCCUGAUGAAUAUUGCAACAGUGCUGCUGGGCUGUUUUCCUCUCAGCGGCAUUAUGUAUUCUUACUCUAAGAUUGUGUCUUCCAUUCGGGCCAUCUCAUCAACUCAAGGGAAGUACAAGGCCUUUUCCACCUGUGUGUCUCACCUCUCUGUGGUCUCUUUGUUUUACUGCACACUCCUGAGUGUGUACCUCAGCUCUGUGGUGACCCAAAACUCACACACGAUUUCCACCGCCUUGGUGAUGUACACAGCGGUCACCCCCAUGCUGAAACCCGUGGAUUGCUGGAGGCCACUGUCUCAUGCCUGUCAUAUAUUGGGCCAUCUACCCAGAACAUUACAAAUCAGAUUAUGGUAA